GUUUUUGGUUAUGUCACAACACCCAAACAGUGAAGUGAAAAAGAAAAAUCAACGCGCGCACAGCACCACAUGAUUGGUUAUCUUGCCACGGCCACCACACAGUUGCCACUUCCUGGAGUUGAGUUGAUUUUAACCAGGAUUUUGAGCAUUUGUGCAUGAAAUUUUCUGGAACUACUUCAGCGAACAAUCGAAUUGCUCUUUUCUAUGCCUGGCUAGACACAGAGGAAUUAAUAAGUCGUCAAACUGAUUUUAGUUCUGGCAGAAAUUUGUUCUUAACAGUUUAACUAGCUCCAGAAUACUAUCGAAGUCUGGCAGCAAGCGGCAAAUUUUCCAGGUGUCAAAGUUGACAGGAUGUGAGGUUAAGAAAUAUAAGUGAUAAGAAGCAAAGAAUGACUGUCGGGACGACUUUGCCGCUGUUAAAGGACCCCCAAAUGCAAUUUGGGGCCACAACAUUUUUUGCGAAGCAACACAAAGGUGAUACGUGCGGAAGCAAUGGAUUGCCGUUGACCCCAAAUUCUAUUAUAAUAGUUGGAAGGGCCCAGACUCUCAAAACUAUUAACUGCCCCUAUUUGUGCCAGUACUUGGACUUUAUCCGGGGCAAACACGAAAGGACAAUCGUUGUUUCGCAAUACUGCGGUACCCCUCUGGCCGAACUGAUUGAAAAACGGCGGUUUGAACCCGAGGAAAUUGUCCAAAUUGCAUAUCAAAUCCUAGAGGGGUUGAAAGUGCUGCAUGGGAGGAAAAUCGUUCAUCGCACCUUAAGCAAUGAUAAUAUUCUUCUGCAAAGUAGUGGCGAUGUUAAGUUGUUUAACUAUGGCCUGUUUCAUAUGUCUAAGUUCGGAUCUUUGGUCUCGUUUCCUGUGUUCCAAGUGCUGUAUACAGCCCCUGAGGUGUUUCUAAACGGCAUAAAUCGGCUAAGCUCGGACCCAAAAUGCGACAUCUGGUCGCUUGGAGUCUGUUUGGCCGAACUGGCCCUCAACAAAGUGCUGUGGAGUUCCUUAAAACUCGGCCAGAAAAUCAGGAAAAUUUUAAGCAUGCUGCAGGUGAAUGGGUCGAUUCUUGAGAAAAUCGCCAGAGAACACAACAGUUAUGAACAGUAUUUGGAAAUGCCAGAAGAUCUAAAGGAGAUAAUUGAGGAAUGUUUGAAUGUCCUGCCAAGCCACCGGCCCACCUGCGAUUUACUGUUGAAAAAGCCCUGCUUCCAGCAAUUUAAGGCAAAAGAGGGCGAAGGUUUCCGAAAAAUUUGCCCACCCUUUGAGAUCUUCACCAUUCACGAGCUGUAUCAUUGGUGGCAAUUGGCAGGCGGUGACGUGUUGCUUGAGCUGAAAAAACAAGGCCUGAUCAGAUCCAGCCCCCCCAUUCUAUCGCUACCCAGCUUGGUGUUAAUCGAAGGAGUCGUUCUUGGGCAGGACCGCAACCCCGCAACGCUCUACGACCCGAGAAUCGCGCAAAUGCCUCUAGACGCGCUCUAUCAGCGCUUUGCACACAUUCCCUUUCCAGUGUUUUAUCCAUUAAUUCACAGCAAAUCGGAGAUUAUUGCUGAUGCGGAUCCUCCUCCUUAUGAUGCCACCGCUUUGCCGCUGGUAAUCAAGGAAAAGGAUCCGGAGUAUCAGUUGCAUCGGGUGAUUUUGUUGCGGCGACUUUUGCACGGAUAUCCGUUCACAAAGGAUUUCAUUGUGGAACAAUCCGCUAAAGAUAUUCCGCCGCUGUUGAGGGGCGAGAUAUGGGCAGCGCUGUUAAACAUUCAGGCAGACUAUGAAACAACUUAUACUAGAAUUGAUAAGGUCACGCAUACUACUACCGAUCGCCAGAUUGAGGUGGACAUUCCAAGAUGCCACCAAUACAACGAACUGCUUUCUUCCGCCGACGGCCACAAGAAGCUGAAGCGCAUUUUGAAGGCCUGGGUUUAUCAGAACUCACAGUAUGUUUACUGGCAAGGCCUCGAUUCGCUUACGGCGCCAUUUCUUUAUUUGAACUUCAACGAUGAAGGUAAGGCUUUUGCCUGCCUAUCGGCCUUUGUCCCGAAGUUUCUGCACAACUUCUUCCUCAAGGACAAUUCGGUUGUUAUUGAGGAAUAUUUGUGCAAGUUCUCCCAGCUGAUCGCCUUCCAUGACCCGGAUUUGGCCAACCAUCUACAUGAGAUCAAUUUUUAUCCACAACUGUUUGCCAUUCCUUGGUUUCUCACACUGUUUUCGCAUGUGUUUCCUUUGUACAAGAUUCUGCAUUUAUGGGACCGAUUGCUGUUGUGCGACUCUUCUUUCCCCAUUCACAUCGGAUUGUCAGUGCUGACCCAACUUAGAGACCGAUUGCUGACUUCUGGCUUUAAUGAAUGCAUCCUGCUGUUCUCCGAUCUUCCGGAAGUUGAUAUCGAAAAAUGCGUGCUCCUUUCCACCAGCACUUAUCAAAACACGCCCAGAAGCGUUACGAGCAGGGAACACGAAAAUGGAAAGUUCCAUAAAAAGGACGAGCUAGACAUCGUGGGCUUGAAGCUGGAGGAGCUGAAGAAAGAGCGAUGUCCACGAAUCAGUGCCAAUGAUGUGGUGAAUUUCGUCAGGAAUCGGCCUAAUGAUGUGCUCUUAAUCGACAUUAGAAAUCCCACAAUGUAUUCGAGAUGCUCAGUGAUGGGCAGCAUCAACAUUCCAUUUUCUAGCGUGUCUUUUAGCGACAACAUAAUCGACAACAUCGGGCUGCAUAGCGCUGCUUUAAAAUCAAAGGGCCACAAAGUGGUGGUAGUGAUUGGGGAUGCGGAUACGGAUCUUGAAACGUUCCCCACGUUCCUUCUUCAGUGCAACAUCAGCAAAGUGUGCGUGUUACAUGGGGGCUUCAACCGGCUUUUGUCUGUAACACCUACAGUUUUAACAUCAAACAACGCGAUGUGACGGGCGCAACUCUACCAGCAAGUAAAAUGGUGCAUAAUUAAAGCUGUUUAUUAAUUGCUCGCAUUUAUUAACAA